CUCCAGAUGUGUGUGUGUUCUCGGUAGCUUCUUGUACCGGAGAGCUUCCUGCAUCAGAACCGGUGUCGCUGCUCGUUGGACCGGAGAGGAGGACCGGAGAGGAGAGUCAGUGAGAGGAGGACUGGAGAGGAGGACCGGAGAGGAGAGUCGGUGAGAGGAGGACCGGAGAGGAGAGUCGGUGAGAGAGGACCGGAGAGGAGAGUCGGUGAGAGAAGGACCGGAGAGGAGAGUCGGUGAGAGGAGGACCGGAGCAUGGAGAGGAGCUACGACUGCCUGCUGAAGCUGCUGCUGAUCGGGGACAGCGGGGUGGGGAAGACCUGCUUGCUGUUCCGGUUCAGCGAGGACGCCUUCAACACCACCUUCAUCUCCACCAUCGGAAUCGAUUUUAAAAUCCGGACCAUCGAGCUGGACGGGAAGAAGAUCAAACUCCAGAUCUGGGACACGGCGGGUCAGGAGCGGUUCAGGACUAUCACCACAGCCUAUUACAGAGGAGCCAUGGGCAUCAUGCUGGUCUAUGACGUCACUAACGAGAAGUCCUUCGACAACAUCAGGAACUGGAUCCGCAACAUUGAGGAGCACGCCUCCUCAGACGUCGAGAGAAUGGUUCUGGGAAACAAAUGUGACAUGAACGACCAGAGACAGGUGUCCAAAGAGAGGGGGGAGAAGCUGGCCAUCGACUGCGGGAUCAAGUUUCUGGAAACCAGCGCCAAGUCUGGCAUCAACGUGGAGGAGGCGUUCUUCACGCUGGGCGGAGACAUCAUGAGUCGACUCCACAGGAAGAUGAAUGACAACAACCCGUCAGCAGGAGGGGGGGGGGCCGUCAAAAUCACAGAGAGCCGAAACAAGAAGCGGAAGUCCAGGUGUUAGACUCUUCUGCUGCUGCUGCAGUAGGCUCACCUGAGGACCUGAGGAUCACCUGAGACUCACCUGAGGCUCACCUGAGGACUCGCUUGUGGCUCAACUGAGGACUCACCUGAGGAACUGAGGCUCACCUGGGACUCACCUGAGACUCACCUGGAACCUUCUGGUUCUGAAUUAGCAGAACAGAAACAGGAGGUGAAGACGUCUCACCCGGACAGUUCUUCAGGUUAGAGCGAAACGAGGGCAAUAUUUCCUGUUAUCAUUAUUACAAAUAAUAAAUAAUAAAUAAUAUAUUAUAUAUAAUAAAUAAUAUAUAAUAUAUUACAAAUAAUAUAUAAUAAAUAAUAUAUUAUAUAUAAUAAAUAAUAUAUUAUAUAUAAUAAAUAAUAUAUAAUAAAUAAUAUAUUAUAUAUAAUAAAAAAAUAUAUAUAAUAUAUUACAAAUAAUAUAUAAUAAAUAAUAUAUUAUAUAUAAUAAAUAAUAUAUAAUAAAUAAUAUAUAAUAUAUAAUAUAUUAUUUGUAAUAUAUUAUUUGUAAUAUAUUACAAAUAAAAAACUUAAAAUUAAACAUUUAAAGUUUAUUAUCAAUAGCAGGAAGAACUGAGUUGAUAAAUAUGAUGUUACAUUAAAAACAUUGAAAAUAAAAAGAUGAAUAGUCCUGUUUAACAGCAUCUUGUGUUUCCUGUAACAUUUAGUAAUAAUUGAUUUAAAUUAAACUUAUUUUAAAUUUGCUUCAAAGAUGAGUCAGAAUGACUAAACUCUUACAUCACAAAGGUAGCGAUAUGUGUAACGUUUGUUUUAAAGGCAUUUCUAUUUUUUUAUCUGCUUUUUAAAACUUAUUUUCAGGUUAAUUUUAUAUUUAAAUUUGUCUCUAAAGUUUUAAAGAUUAAAAACAUCCUUCAGUCAGCAGCUGAUAAAUGUGUUCAUUAAUAUAAAAACUGUGAGGCGUUCACUGUCUCCUGUAAAUCAGAGUGCUGUGUUUCUCUUUUAAUAAAUUAACUGAAUUAUUGAAGCUUUUUAUAUUUUUAUACUUAAUCUUGUUUCGUAUGAAGACAGCUUCAGGAAAUAUAAAUAUCAAUUGUUAUUUUUAUCAUUUUGUUUGUUUUUUGCAGUGUUGUUGUUUCUGUUCUUCUUGUUGUCGGGCAGAUUUUGGAAAAUUAGACAUUUUUAUUUGAACUGGAGUUUGUUUACAUCAGUAGAGUUAUGUUCUCACAUUAAUCUGCACUUUAUGUAUCUGUGUUUUUCCUCUGCUAAAUAAAUUUGUUCUAACAGAAAUAAUUAAAGAAAAAAAUCCAAAUGACUGAAAUUAAUUUUGUGAAUUUACAAGAAAAAACUGUAAAUUUCUGACUUUAAUUUAUGAUUUUCUAAGUUUGUCUCUGAAUAUCCCCUCUCUGUUAGUAAUAAUAACAUGAAUAAUAAUCACCUGUCUUCACACACUGUUGGGAUUAUUAACCAUCUGUUUAUUCUUCAGAGUUCACCAAAUAUACAGUAUAUGUGUUAUUCAUUAAAAUGAAGGUGAAGAAAUUCAAUAAAAGAUUUCUUUGAAGACGAAGCCGCCAGUUUAACAUAAAUAAGAAAAUUAACAGGAAGUGACAUCAUCUUCACUUCCUGUUAAUGAUUUUGAUCUUUGAUUUGUCAGUAAAAACAUUCAAUGUGUUUUAUUUCAGCUCUUUGUUGCUAUGCAAAAUAAAUGUUAUGAAUAUAUUUAUUAUUCUCAGAUUCUCAAAAAGUCAGAAAAGAUGAUUUAUUUCUUAAAUAAAAACCUUUAUAUUUGUUUGCUUUAUUCAGCCUGUUAGAGAGAGACAAACAGAUGGAAGUUGUUACAGGUCUUAUUCUCAGAGGCUUUUAUUGGGACUUAAAAUAAACAAUAUCAGCUGUGGUGUUUUAUUUUUUCUCCUCUGAUUAAAAUAAAAAGCAACGUUUAAAAAUGA